AUGGACGUGUGCUGGGGUGGUGAUGUGGGACCUGGGCGUGAAUGUGUGCUGGAGUGCUUAAGCACUGAAUUUGGACCUCAGCAUGUGAACGUGAGCGCUGAGCAGGCGCAGACGCUGCGGCUGCAGGAGCAGGCGCGCAGAGCCACGGCCGACGAGCUGGACGUGCACGUGGUGGCCGCGCGCAGACAGCGCAAGCAGAUCAACAACCUGGAGCUGGAGCGCGACAGGCUGCUGAUCCAGUCGACGGAGCUGGAGGUGCGCGUGCAGGAGACGCUGGAGGAGGUGCGCCUGAAGCAGAUGGCGCUGUACGAGACGCGGCGCUGCAUCGAGGAGGGGGAGGCGCGCUUCCGCCACCAGCAGAACCUGUCGAGUUCGGAACGUGGUGAGGCCGGGUCGACGGAGGUCGUAAGCCAGCAUCUUCUGGUGGCAAAGCGUGCAGUGUGUCGUGGCUGGCGUACAGGAGGUCUUCAUGAAGAAGGCGCAGCUGGUGGUUUGCCAUCAUGCCGAGAAGCGGCUGCGUCCGGCAGUGGCCGUGACGGAGUUUCUCCAUGGAAGAAGUGUGCGCUAGCAGAUGGUGUUGUUCGGUCGAGUGCGCUGCCAGAUAGCAGCUGCUGCAAGCGGCUGCUGUCGCUUGGUUGGCCGUGUUGGCCGUCGGCGGAGUGA